UCGCCAUGUAUCGCUCCGCUCGGAACCUGCAGCGCUUCAACGCGAAUCUGUGGAAGCUCUGGGCCGUUCAGAGAUCCAGCACCGUCCGGACCAUCAGCCCAGCGGCCUGCGUGCUGCACAACCCGCUCAGAAUGGCCAGUUCAGAGUCCUACCGGAUCGAGAGAGACACAUUUGGGGAGCUCAAAGUUCCUUCUGAUAAAUAUUAUGGAGCUCAAACUGUCAGAUCCACCAUGAACUUCAAGAUCGGAGGAGUGACUGAGAGAAUGCCAGUUCAGGUGAUAAAAGCCUUUGGUAUUCUGAAGAAAGCUGCUGCAGAAGUGAAUAAAGAUUACGGUUUGGACCCAAAGAUCGCUGACGCCAUUGUGAAAGCUGCAGAUGAGGUGGCUGCUGGGAAACUGGACGAUCAUUUCCCGCUGGUGGUUUGGCAAACGGGAUCCGGAACUCAAACCAACAUGAACGUGAAUGAAGUGAUCAGCAACAGAGCCAUCGAGAUACUGGGAGGAGAACUGGGCAGCAAAGACCCCGUUCACCCCAAUGACCACGUUAACAAGAGCCAGAGUUCCAAUGACACGUUCCCCACCGCCAUGCACAUCGCUGCAGCUACAGAAGUUCACCAGGUUCUUCUUCCGGGUCUUCAGACGCUGCACGAUGCGCUCGCUGUUAAAGCGGAAGCGUUCAAAGACAUCAUUAAGAUCGGCCGCACACACACACAGGACGCUGUGCCGCUCUCGCUCGGACAGGAGUUUGGUGGUUAUGUUCAGCAGGUGAAAUACAGUAUUGCGAGGGUGAAAGCUGCGAUGCCGCGUGUGUAUGAAUUGGCAGCAGGUGGCACGGCAGUGGGCACUGGACUGAACACACGCAUUGGAUUCGCUGAGAAAGUGGCUGAUAAAGUCUCGGCACUCACAGGUCUGCCGUUCGUCACUGCGCCCAAUAAGUUUGAGGCUCUGGCGGCCCAUGAUGCUCUGGUGGAGUUGAGCGGCGCUCUGAACACUGUCGCUGUGAGCACGAUGAAGAUCGCCAACGACAUCCGCUUCCUGGGAUCUGGACCUCGAUCCGGUCUCGGUGAGCUGAUCCUGCCUGAGAACGAACCCGGAUCCAGUAUCAUGCCAGGUAAGGUGAACCCCACGCAGUGUGAGGCUAUAACUAUGGUGGCCGCUCAGGUGAUGGGGAAUCAUGUGGCCGUGACUAUCGGAGGAAGUAAUGGACACUUUGAACUCAACGUUUUCAAGCCAAUGAUUAUUAAGAAUGUUUUGCACUCUGCCCGGCUGCUGGGCGACGCCUCCGUGUCCUUCUCUAAUAACUGUGUUGUUGGAAUUGAAGCGAACACGGAGAGAAUCAGCAAACUGAUGAAUGAAUCGCUGAUGUUGGUCACCGCGCUCAAUCCUCAUAUAGGUUAUGAUAAAGCCGCCACUAUUGCAAAGACGGCGCAUAAAGAGGGCUCGACUCUUAAAGCGACAGCCAUCAAGCUGGGUUACCUGACUGAGGAGCAGUUCGAGCAGUGGGUGCGACCGCAGGACAUGCUGGGACCCAAAUAGACUGUAAACACACCACAGCACUCCUGGAUACAAUAAAACACACGUUUGUUGACAUGCAGCGUCGUCCCUUUGUGUCCUUGAUAAAUUCACUCAAUGUCUGAAGUGUCUUCUGUCGUCACUCUUUCAAUGAUUGAUCAGAAAAGUUCCUUUUGAAAGUGCUGAACAGUUCAACAGUAUCGGACUCUUAAAUGGGACAUUAAAAGUUGACCAUGUUUUGGAUCACUACUUUAAAGAAUGUGAAAUGUCAGAAUAAGGUAGGUUAGGUUUACACACACUUUGUUAUUAUUUGGUGGCAUCAUUGACUUUAAAUAGUUUAACUUGGGUCAAAUGUUUUGGGUUUCCUUCCACAAGCUUCUCCCAAUAAGCUGGAAUUGUGUCCUGUUCCUCCAGACAGAACUGCUGUAACUGAGUCCGGUUUGUCAAGUCCCAUUGCUCACACACACUUUAUCAGGUCUGUCCACAAAUGUUCAAUCGGAUUGAGGUCAGGACUUUGUGAUGCCGCUCCAGCAGCUUGACUUUGUGUCCUUAAGCCACAACUCUGGAGGUGUGCUUGGGGUCAGUGUCCAUUUGGAAGACCCAUUUGUGACCGAGCUUUAACUUCCUGUCUGAUGUCUUGAGAUGUUGCUUCAAUAUAUCCACAUCAUUUAAUGCAUCUAUUUAGUGAAGUGCACCCGUCCCUCCUGCAGCACCCCCACAACAUGAUGCUGCACCCCCAUGCUUCACAGUUGGGAUGCUGUUCUUCAGCUUUCAAGCCUCAUAACGAUGAUCAUUAUGGCCAAACAGUUCAAUAUGUGUUUCAUCAGACCAGAGGACAUUUCCCCAAAAGUCAGAUCUUUGUCCCCAUGUGCACUUGCAAACUGUAUUCUGGCUUGUUUAUGGUGGUUUUGGAGCAGCGGCUUCUUCCUUGCUGAGCACCUUUCAGGUGAUGUCCAUAUAGGACUGGUUUUGCUGUGGAUCUAGAUACUCGUCCACCUGUUUCCUCCAGCAUCUUCACAAGGUCCUUUGCUGUUGUUCUGGGAUUGAUUUGCACUUUUCACACAAACUACGUUCAUCUCUAGGAGACAGAAUGCGUCUCCUUCCUGAGUGGUGUGAUGACUGUGUGGUCACAUGGUGUUUAUACUUGUGUACUAUUGUUUGUACAGAUGAACGUGGCGCCUUCAGGAGUUUGGAAAUUGCUCCCAAGGAUGAACCAGACUCGUGGAGGUCCACAAUUGUUUUUAUGAGGUCUUGGCUGAUUCCUUUAGAUUUUCCCAUGAUGUCAAGCAAAGAGGCACAGAGUUUGAAGGCUUUAAAAUACAUCCACAGGUACACCUCUAAUUCAGCACACCUCCUAUCAGAAGCUAAUUGGCUAAAGGUUUGACAUCAUGUUCUGGAAUGUUCCAAGCUGCUUAAAGGCACAGUUAACUUAGUGUAUGUAAACUUCUGACCCACUGGAAUUGUGUUAUAGUCAAUUAAAAGUGACAGAAUCAGUCUGUAAACCAUUGAUGGAAAAAUUACUCAUAUCAUGCACAAAGUAGACGUCCUAAACGACUCGCCAAAACUAUAGUGUGCUAAUAUGAAAUCUGUGGAGUGGUUAAAAAAUGAGUUGAAAUACUUCAAACUAAGUGUUAUAACCUUCUGUAUAAACUGAACAUUUAAUAUGUAAAAUAAUGUUCCUGUGUGUUAUAUGAUGAUACCAACAUUUCAGUGUGAAUGACAACAUUUACAAAUUCACAGCAACUUAUCUGUCAUCCUCCUGUUCUUACCUACUUUUAUGUUUCUAAUUUUCUCUGAUAUUUCUUUCAUGGAUGGUUGCAUACGUUUGGUUGCUCAUCACUUGAUUAUAUAACUAUAAACCAUUGUCAACCGGUCUGAUUUUUGUAAUUAAUUUGAAUGUGUCAGUGUUAGCUAAGAAAUUAACGUAUUAGUGGUCCUAAAAAUAGGCUUCAUUUUCAUUAUACAGUAGAUGUAACUUUUUUAACGGUUGAUUUUUGGGGUGAAAUAUGACCGAUAGAUGUUCUUGGCGGGUUUUGUGAGAUUCACCCGUCUGUCCAUAAGGUCUUUAUUAAAGCAGAAUGCCUGGAUGACAUCACUCCAGAUGAUCCCUACAGAGGGAACACCACCAGCUGGUCUUCCUGAAGUCAAAUGCUGGCAUUUCACCCGCUCUUCUGUUUCCUGAUGCUCAUGUCAUUACUGAAAGCCUGUAUGAGUUGAUUCCUGGUGUGCCUCAGGGCUCAGUGUUAGGGCCGUUCAUAUUGAUUCACACUGGACCAGCAGGAGUCGCGGUGACAUAUGGUCACAAUAGGAGAAAUGCUCCUGCAGAAGAUGACGGAGGUGAGUGUUCACAGGGGUGUGUGGUUGCCUAGCGACGCAGGUGUUUGUGCAGGAGACGUGAGGUGUGACAUAUGGCAUCUCUGCAGGGUCGGGAUCUCGCUGUCUGUGCAUGAUAAUGUUUGCUUUUUAUUAGUGUGCAAUGAGAUAACAUUACUGUAUGUGACCUACCUGAUUAGGAUGUGUGUGUAUUGACAUACAUACUGUAUACAAUAUAGUGUAUAUAUAGAGAGAGAGAGAGAGAAAGAAAGAGUGAGAGACUAUGGGGUAAGUUGUCACAAUGGCUGAAUCUACUGUAAGCAACUAUAUGGUUUUGAGACAUAAUCCAA